UCAAUGUGUAGUCGACAGCUUUGAGAGGCUCGGAGAAGUAGUCACACCGGCGGUGAUAUCGCUAUAUGUAACUGCCAUUGCGUGCGGGCUCCAGGGUAUGGUGGGCAUAACAGACACCCUUUGAGAUGUGUGCGCCUUCAGGCUCGACGCGUUGAAUGGAGAUGUGCGGUAAAGUUCAGUUCAGCUUACCAAUGACCAACUCGUUAGCCUUCCAUACCUAUCAAAGUCUCCCAAGAUGCGCUUUCGUGCUGAGAUCCGCAAUGUGCACACCUUCACCAAGUUUACAGCAUCCUUAGCCACCCUUGGCCAAAUUGCGUGGGUUCGUCUCGACAGCAACGAUGUUCGCUUCACAGUCAUUCCGGAGCAAGGCACCCAGGUAUGGAGCGUUCUCACACCGGACGUCAUCUUCGAUACCUACACAAUUCAAAGUGCGGCGCCAAACAAUACGAUCAAUCUCGAAGUGCCGUUGGCGCCAUUGCAGCGAGCGCUAAAGAGCGCGCAGAACGCGAUCGCGGCCAACAUACGCUUGACGAAGAAGGACAACAUUCCGCUACUCAGUCUUACGAUUACGACCACAGCGAUGAACAGCACGCAGCCGCCGCCUAAUGCACCGGGUGGCAGCGGCUUCGGCGACGAAUCCGCGUCAAGCGCCAAUGGCUUUUAUGCAGACGGCCACUCAGACGACCUACGCGGAGAGAGCGCAGGUUUCUUCGGGCCUCGACACGAUCGCGAGACUGUGGUCACUCAAGACGUACCGAUCCGCGUGCUGGCACCAGCAUCAGUUGAUGGUCUGCAUGAACCACGAUGCCGAGAGCCAGAAAUCCACAUCACGCUGCCGAACCUGCUGCAGUUGAAAAGUAUCAGCGACCGCUUUACCAAGCUUGCCAUGUCUAGCAAGUCUAGCAACCGCUCAGGUCUGACCAAGAGCUUGACCUCAGGGCCCAAACUUGAGCUCAGUGCUAAUAUGCAUGGCUGUCUUCGACUCGCACUCAACACCGAUGCGAUGAAGAUCAACAGUCUCUGGACUGGGCUGGAAAAUCCCGAGCUCGACCCCAGCCACUAUGCGGACAGAGGAGGACUGGCGAACCACCCAAGUGCGAAAAUGAGAGACCUGGGGGACGCCUCCGGCCAGAGUGAGGAAGGGUGGUCGACUGUGAGAGUGGAGGGCCGGGAUUGGGGAAAGGUGCUGAGUGUAGGCAGGUUGGGCGGAAGGGUGAUUGCGUGCUUCUGCCAUGAUCAUGCGCUCAUUCUCUACGUGUACCUAAGCAGCGAUGAGCCCGGAACGGCUGAGUCGGUGCUCACGUACUAUAUCAGCUCGUAUAGCGCAUAGUAGCUGACGUUGCUAAUACAAAUGAUUAAGCGAGGUGUCCGGGGAUCUCGUUGUAAGGAUUCGCGAACAGGAUUGAGUGCGCUGCAUGAGAAGGUCCCCCGUCCGUAACAAUGUCUAAAGCUGCAAAUACUGUGUCUUAAGCUGUCUCGCC